AGUGUUCAUGGGAGCAGAAAGGACAAUUGGCUGUGUGUUUAUUCAGUGCUAGGUAGAGAGAGUGGGAGUGGAAAUGGGUGUAGGAAGUAAGUCUGGGUUUAAGAGCCCAGGAACCACAAGAGGAUAACCAUUUUUCUCCAGACCAGCAUCCAGGGUACUUUUUCGAGAAAAGGAAAACCUGGGAGGGACAAAAUUGGAAACCAAGAAGACACAAGCAUCUCUGAAGCUAUCUAGGUAUGUAGAACAGCUUCCCUGGUCAUCUUGCAGUACUGCAGGAUCCACAUAUUAUUCCACAGCAACAAGGAAUGAAUGAGAGGGCAGGAGAAUGGGAAAAGAGUGAGAAAGGAUCUCAGCCUUGGGCAAAAUGAAGCUGACUCUGGUGCAGAUCUUUUUCAUGAUGUUGCUGCUGCUACUGGGCCUAGGGGUGGGCCUGGGUGUGGGACUCCAGAUGGCCGCAGCCAUCCUGGAGGAAAGUGAUCAGCUACUGGAUGAGUUUCUGUCCAGUGACUCACAGGACAAAGCUGAGGCUACUAAGGAGGGACUGGCCAGCCGAAGCACAGAAACCCUGCUGGUUAGCAACAAAGAAGUGAUGCAACCAGAAGACACCAUCAUCAGUGAAGAUGAAGUUGGAGGAGACAGGAUGCUCAGAGCUGAGGUUCUUUUACAGAGCAACAAAGACUAUCUUAGAUCUGACGUGAUGGACAGGGAAUGCAAUGCCCUGAUGGCACUGAAGGUGAAGUCAAAAGACCACACUUGCAUACCCCAGUACAUAUUUAUCCAUGAGGAACUAGAUGCAGUCAAAGCUGUCUGUAAGAGUCCUGCUGUUGCCUGUGAUCUCAAGGGAGGCAAAUGCCACAAAAGCCCCCGUCCUUUUGAUUUGACAUUCUGCAAGUUAUCCAAAUCAGGCCAAGUGAUUCCUCACUGUAAUUAUGUAACUUUUAUUCUUGAAAAGUACAUUCUUAUGUCCUGUAGUGACAUGAAAGUCCAGAUAACAUCAUGAAGUAACUUUUCUUUUCUUCACCUUCUCACUUUUGUCUUUCUUUCACUUCUUUUCCUUACGGUUCUCAUCCUUAAGUAUUCUGCAAAGAAGGGUUUGGGAAGAGAAGCUGGACUAUUCUGAUAAAUACAAAAAUAUAAAUCUUCUUUCCCUAGGGUUCAACCAACUUGUAUUUUGUUCCUGGGAUUCGAUGUGGCAGAAGAGGGUGAUGAUGUCUGAUCUCUGUAGGUUCUGUCUCUUGGAGUCUAUCCCUUGUCCUGGAAAAAGAUAAGACAGUCUCUUUCAUGAUCUUGGUCAUUAGUCUGUUCCCUGGUCUGGAGGCCUUUAGGUGUGGAGUACAAGAGUUUAAUGCAUCCUUACCCAUGUCCUUCCCAGCUAGCCACCACGAGCUUCUAGGGCACUCACAUAAACCUCCUGGGCUUCCCAAGAAGCACUUCAUUGCUGUAGAUGCAAAUUAAAGCGACUCUACCUGUGACUGUA